GAUAAAACACGAACGCAACUCUCUCGUCGAUAAACAACGAAGGCACCUGCCUCGACCUUUUGUUUCCUUGUUGUGACGUCUCCGCCCCAUUCGGCUGUUUCCGGAAUACUUUCGGAAAUGUUGGUAAUUUUCGAUCUAUUUUCGAUAAUUGCUCAUGAAUGUGAUUUAUUUUUUUUGUUAACUUUAUUAAUAUUUAUUAUCUUGCCAAUUAACGGUUCUAUUGAUAUCUCACAGCCACUUAGUAUUAUAAUACCCUUUAAAAAGUGUUACGUUCGAGUUAGUUUGACAAGUACCAUUAUAUCCUGAAGAGAAACUCACAGCUCUCGAGGCUGAAGUCAGCAUACCAGACACCUGUGAAUGCUGAUACUCACAUUCAAUCAUUCAUCGGCAGGUUCUCAACCACCUCUGUUACUUUUUAACCGGUCCAGAUCCGAGAUAGCGCGUUGUGUGUACUCUUCCCUUAACCCAAACAAGUCGGCGCGCUACCGAGGGGUUGAAUCAUUAAGCUGAGGUCAUUUUCCUGAACCAAGGCUGUGCCAUUUUUUGGGGGUGGGGGGGUGCUUCAUGUUUGAAUUCUGAGACUCCACCUUCUGUCGCUUAUAUGAGCGAUCGUACAUUGACGGCAUAACGAGCAGACGGAUUAGGAGCCAUGCCGUCGGCAGGAUUGGAGAUACUAGGAGUGACGCUAGCCGUCCUAGGUUGGAUCUUAGGCCUGACAUCCUGCGUAUUGCCCAUGUGGCGAGUAUCGGCGUUUAUCGGCGUCAACAUCGUGACGGCGCAGACCAUCUGGGAGGGUAUCUGGAUGAACUGCGUGGUGCAGAGCACGGGCCAGAUGCAGUGUAAACUCCACGAUUCUAUGCUAGCUCUCAGCGGCGACCUACAGGCCGCCCGGGCUCUCACCGUCAUCUCCAUUGUGGUGGGCCUGACGGGCCACUUGGUGGCUAUGAUGGGGGCCAAAUGCACCAAUUGCGUGGAGGAUGAGCGCGCCAAAGCUCGGGUGAUGAUCGGUGCCGGAGCGGCGUUCGUUUUGGCGUCUUUGACCCAACUCAUUCCGGUGUCGUGGUCUGCUAAUGCUAUCAUCUCGGAGUUCUACAAUCCCAUCAUCCCCGAAGCCCAGAAGAGGGAGAUUGGGGCGGCUCUGUACGCCGGGUGGGCGUCCGCCGCCUUCUUGCUUCUCGGCGGAGCCAUCCUCUGCUCCAGCUGCCCGCCUGAGCCCGAGAAGAGGUACGGGCCCCCGUCCAAGAUUAUAUAUCCGCCGAGCAGAUCCAUCCCCGUGAGCGGCUACGAGCAGAAAAACUACGUGUAAUGGGACUUUUAAUGGACAAGGUGUUUCUAACUGCGUUCCAUACUGGUGUCAAAAAAUCUGUAAAUCACUCAUUUUCAAGGGAAAUAUUUUAUCAGUGACACGAUAGACAUUCAUUUAUUAUUAUUAUUAUUGUUUUUUUUUUUAAAACAAGAUUAAACUUUUAAUAGUAGAUUUUUUCCCCCUUGAAUUUCACUUUUUUUUUUUUGCAUUUUACUGAUAGCAGAAUUUCACUUGUUUUUGCAGAUUUUUUUUUGGUGGUUUCAUUAUUUUUAAACAGAAUUUCACUUUCCUUUUUAGGAGCUUUACUAUAAGUGGAAUUUCACAUUUUGCUGAAUAAAUUUUUUAGGGCAGGGAGUAUCACUUUUUUUUUUUUUUUUUUGGCAGAUUCACUUUGUAUUUGUUUAACAUAAUUUUUUAAUUUUUAAAAAAUGUAUUUUUUUUUUUAAAUGCAGAAUUUCAAAUGCUUAAGUUGAAUUUCAUAUGUUUUGUUUUUUAUUGUUCUUAAUUUCUUUUUUUUUCUUUUCUAGCAGAAUAUCCCUUUUUUUUUUUUUUUUUUUUUUUUUUGCAGAAUUUCACUUUUUUUGUUCUUGAUCUAAGUUACCUGAUCGGGAAACUCAUUUCACAUAUUCGUAAAUUGAAAAUGUAUGCCUGAGUGUUUUUACCAUCUUGUAAACUAAGGCAACCCAUAAAAUAAAUAUCAAAAACCUGGCACUCGCGAAGAUCAGCAAAAAUGUCUCAUUCCCUGCCAUUGACGACAAUAGACGUCCGAUCAUUUGCAACUGACCUCUCCCAGUUCAAAUGGAUUGGACAUCUAUGGCCAUUUAUGGCAACCAAUGAGUUGACUUAUUCACUGGAUACUGUCCCAGGAAAAAUAUUAAGUAUCAGUGUAAACAUUUUUGACGAUCAUUAAUUUUUUGUGGGUUAUUUCUGUCAAGGAUUUCCAGUUCCUAUUCUUUGCAAAUUUGUAUUAAUACGAACACACAGUUUGGAUGUUAAAAAGAAAAAAUCCUCUGUAAACUUUUAUGUUUGAUAUUGUUGAUAUUGAUGAUAUGAGGCCUAAUUAAAUAAGGCGGACUGAUAUUAUUGAGGAAUAGAAAAGGGGGGUAGGUUUUAAUAAGCAUAUGCUUCAUCCUACUCCUUUUUGAACACAAUGAAUAAAUUCUAAUAUUUAUUAUUAUUAUUGUCUUAAAUAUUGUUGCUGUUAUCUUAAGUAUUAUAAUUGGUUUGUAUUUUUUGUUUUGUUUUGUUUGUUUGUUUAUUACUUUUAUUUUCUCAUGUCCAAAAUAAAGCAUUCUCAUUCUCAUAUUUA